GAGAGGCUCGAAAGCAGAGGAGAGCGCUGUCUCUAUGGGUUUCCCCACUGUUCUUUAAAUCAUGGGACAGAAGCAGCAUUUUUUCAUCCCAGGGGUUUCUACUCAGAUUUGGACUAUGACUUUGGAGCUCUCUGUGCAGUUUUACUCCGCUAUCCUCAGGGUAUUACUACAGGAAUAGUGUGUGUCUGUGUGUUUGUGUGUGCAUGUGCUUAUAUGUGUGUGUCCAUCCAGCAUGAUGCCUGCUUCUGAUAGUCUUGGGUCUAGCAGCAGGAGUGGAUCAUCAUGAGAGGGGGUCACCACCAGCGAGGGUGUGGGUGUCAGCACCUGUUCAGAAAACUGCUCAGCAAAUGUGGCUGCUGCUUUGGUCGAGUUAGAGCGGAGUCGUACUCUGUGGCGGUCAGGACCGGCAGUAUCACCCCAUCAGUGGGCCCUGUGCCCCACCAGGCCUCAGGCAGCUCCAGCCCCUGCUCAUUCUCCUCGUCUGGAGGAUCACGGCACCCUGUCAGCGCCCUCAAGAAAUGGCUUACCAACCCUGUCCGCAAGCUGAGCUCUGAUACCAGAGGAGGAGUGGGAAAAGUUGAGAAGCAGAUGUGCAGGUCAGACUGGAGGCAGUCGUCAUCGCUCCGUUCCCACAGUGAAACUCAGCUGAGGCCUCUGGAACCAAACGACAGCUACACCAUCCUCCCCUCUGGAGACACGGUGUGGAAAGACGGUGUGUUGAAUCCAGUAGCCUCUCCUCCUGCACAGGCUCCCUGUCAGAGCAACUUAUCUGACCUCCUGCAAGGCAGAGACACACAGUCCCUAAGUCAGAAAUCCAGCAUCAACACUCUCCAAGGGGAGGACAGCUGCACUGUGACUGACGACUCGGCCAGCCAGUGGUCUGCUACAAUGGACAGCGAAGAGGAGCGAAACAUUGCCUUAGAGAAGAGCAUAUAUGUGCUGACAGAGCUAAUCGAGACAGAAAGGCUGUAUGUGGAGGAUCUUGGACUCAUAGUGCAGGGGUACAUGGGCACCAUGGCCAAUCAGGGAGUCCCAGAGGACCUGAAAGGGAAGGACAGGAUUGUGUUUGGAAACAUCCACCAGAUCUAUGACUGGCAUAAGGAUUAUUUCCUGGGAGAGCUGGAGAAAUGUGUGGGUGAUCCAGACAGCCUGGCCCAGCUCUUCAUCAAACAUGAGCGGCGUCUUCACAUGUACGUGGUUUACUGUCAGAACAAACCCAAAUCAGAGCACAUUGUCUCUGAGUACAUUGAGACUUACUUUGAGGAUCUCAGGCAGCAGCUGGGUCACAGGCUGCAGCUCAACGACCUGCUCAUCAAACCUGUUCAGAGGAUCAUGAAGUAUCAGCUGCUGCUGAAGGACUUCCUGAAGUACUACAGCAAAGCAGGGAGGGAUGCUGAGGAGCUGCAGAGGGCGGUGGAGGUGAUGUGUUUCGUGCCAAAACGCUGUAACGAUAUGAUGAAUGUGGGCCGGCUCCAAGGUUUUGAGGGGAAAAUCACAGCUCAGGGGAAGCUGCUCCAGCAGGAUACCUUCUCUGUCAGCGAGGAGGAAAGCGGCAUCCCGUCCAGAGCAAGGGAGAGGAGGGUCUUCCUGUUUGAGCAGCUGGUCAUGUUCAGUGAGCCAAUCGAUAAGAAAAAGGGUUUCUCCUUGCCAGGGUAUAUUUUUAAAAACAGCAUCAAGGUCAGCUGUUUGGGCGUGGAGGAGCACUCUGAGAAUGAUCCAUGCUUUCUGGUCCUGACCUCUCGAGGAACAAACGGCAGUGUGACGCGCUUCAUCAUGCAGGCAUCAUCUCCGGAAAUACAGCAAGCUUGGCUCGACGACGUGGGGCAGAUCUUAGAGACUCAGAGGAACUUCCUUAAUGCCCUUCAGUCUCCAAUAGAGUACCAGCGCAGGGAAAGCAACUCAAACAGCCUGGGCAGGAACAUGAAGUCUCCAACAGCAUCUGGCCUGCGACCUCACUCCUCUGCAUCCAUGGACCGACGCCAGCAGCCCUGCCUGCUGACUUACAACACUUCCCUGCCCUCUCUACACCCACCAUACCACAGCCCGGCCAUGAAAGUGCUUUCUAAUCCCUGUGCUGUGACGACUCAAGCAGCUCUCCCUUCGCUUCCCUCCCACCAGCAGCUCAGUUCAUCCAAUGGCCUGCCACCCUGCAGCCAACACAGCAUGCAGGGUGUGACUGCCAGUUUCCAGGCGACUACAUUAAACAAGGGCGCACAUCAGCCAAACAACCUGGAUCAUCUGAAGGAGAGCGAGCAGUAAUGACCUGCGGUGUCAGAUGACCUCACUUUACCUUUUUGGAGUCGGAGUGCCUCGACUCGUGCUCAGUCAGCACUGUUCGUCUCACUCCUGUUCAGAAGUCAUUCAAGGUCUCACUGUCUCCAUUUUUCACGUUUUCUCCUGAACAUCCCUCCAGAUUUCCUCCAGAUACCACCAUGCUUUAGGCUAACCUGGUUUUGAUCUUGUAUAAUCAUACUGGUGUGAGUGUAAACAGUGAAUACACACACGUCUACAGAUGGUGAUGGCUGAUAAGAUGUGUGAGAAUAUGGUUUUAAGCACCACAAAGACUCUACUUCAUAUUGUAUAUGUAUGAAUUUCUUACUUUUUCCAAUGAAAAUUCAUGGAUGGAUAUUUUUGUAAAGCUCAAUAUUUUCACAGGGGACCAAUUCCACUUUAUUCCCGGUGAGACAUCUGAUCUCAGAUCCCUUCAUGCAAUUUUACACUCUGCGUCCUCAAAUGACUGCAUCCAUGAAAUCACUGACUGACUGCAGAUUCCAGCUCCACUAUGGGAUCUGAAUCCAUACGCGUUGUGUAUGUGUCUGUGUGCUCCCUGCAGAUUAGCAAAUAGUUGUGUUUUCCCCUUGGUGGGCUAUUUUAACCCCUGCCAUUGUUAGAGUGUUAUCUGGACGAAACACAUUUGCAAACUCACACAGAGCUCGCGUCCUAAUCAGGCAGAGAGAGGAAAAAGGGAACAAAGAUAAAACUGAGGUGCUCACCUGUCACUGUCAUCUUGAAUGUACAUAAUCUCAUAUGGGAUCAUAUUAAUAAAACUCUGUGACCUGUGGCGUCCUGAUAUACAAGCGAAAUUAAAGAGAAAUGCUGUUCA